UUUGAAGAUUUCAAGGAACUUUCUGACAAUUUUUUAUUCUUAAAAGAGAAGAACAUGUUGUCAGAUAGUGUGUUUGCAAAAGAUCCUGUAUUGGAUCAUACAAAACCUUUGCAGAGUGACCUGGAUCCAAAAAACAUUUUUGAACACACUAGGAGUUUGGACAUUGAGCUCAUGUUGGCAGACCUUGAUGCUUCCUUUCUUAAUAUCUCAGGGGAACAGGCAAGAUUGGCGCUUGAGGAAACCUCUAAACAAGAAGACUUGACACAUUUACCACUGGUAGAACAAUUGAAGCCUGCUGCCUUUGAUUCGUUCACAGAUUUUUCCAUUGACACUGAUCUGCAUGAAAAAAAUAUUGGAAGCAUGCCUGUGUGCAAUAUACAAAAUAACAAGAAUGAUGAGGACAUCAAGGGUAUUCCUUUCGAUUCAAGGCUUUCUGAUGCAAUGAAUGAGGAAAGACUAGGACUCAAUGGAUCCAUAAAUCAUAACCAUGAUGUUGUGGCUCAUGAAAAUGCUUGUAACGAACAAAAGCAUUCUGAGUUUGAUGACAGGUUAGCUAUUUUAGAUAGUGACAAGUCAGCCACACAUGUAAAUGGCGAAUGCAUUGUAAACAGAGUUUCAGUAAAAUCUACUGCUUCAUCAGAUUCAACCAGUCAGGACAGCUUGCUAGAUGAUACCAUAUCAAACUGUACACAGUCUUUAGUACCAUCUAUAGGAACACCAGAUUCUCUAGAUUCUUUGGAUGUCCAGAAUAUAUUAGAGACUGAGGAAUCGCACAAAUUUGUGCCAUCUGAUAAACCUGCUGAUAGUGGGUAUGAGACUGAGAACCUCGAAUCUCCUGAGUGGACUUCACAUGUGAAUGGUCCAUCAAGCCAUACUUUAACAGAUUUGGAGACUUCUUCCUUUAUAGCACCUGUCAUUAUAAUAUCAGAAGUUGGUCAAAAUAAUUUUGAAGUAAAUGAGGGAGACCUUGAUAUUAAAACACAGAAUUCUGCUGAUGGUGCUUAUAACUCUUACCGUGACUCUGCUUAUUUUUCUGACAAUGAUUCUGAGCCAGAAAAGAAACCAGAUGUUUUGGAAAACCAGGCUUCUGAUAUAAAGAAUGCAAGUAUUUCUCAUACUUUUGAAGAAACAAAAAAUAAAUAUGAAAGUAGACCUAGAAAGGUGCUUGUUCCAGGUGAUUGGGCUGAACAUUUGUCACAGAGUUCAGAAAAUGCUAAGCAAGCUACACAAACUCCCAUCAGUGAAAGCACUGCUGAUGACGACAUAUCAGAACAGGAUGAGGAAAUUGUAAAUCCAUUUGGACCUUCAGAGGUUUUCUGCUCAAUGAACUCAAUCAAAGAUAUACCGUUUUUGAGCCAUAGCGAAGGACAGAAAUUAAAAGAGCCGGAUAUGGAAGGCAAAUACUUAGGAAAAUUGGAUGCUGCUGGCCUUCUUGAUUUGUCAGAAGAUGGCAUGGAUGCAGAUGAAGAAGAUGAAAACAGUGAUGAUUCAGAUGAUGAUAUAAGAGCUUUCACACUUCAUAGUUUCAGCUCAGACAGCGAGGAUGACACUGUCCAUCCAGUUCCUGUUGUUCACAUGGAAACAGAUGAUGGGAAAAACUUAAAAAGUUUAAUGAAACCACACAAACCUGCUUCAAGCAGAUUGUUUGGGAAAGGAAAGAGCAAAAAGACAGUGAGCUUUUUUGACGAUGUUACCAUCUAUUUGUUUGAUCAGGAAACGCCAACCAAAGAUCUGGGAUCUCGAGCUGUGGACUCUAGUAGUCCAGUAUCCAACAACAGUCAAUCUUCCCCAUCUGCUGCUGCAGGAUCACGGUUCACAAACUCUGAGAGCUCGACUGAUGAAGAGGGAGGUGCGUUUGAAUGGGAUGAUGACUUUCCAUCUCCUGAUCCAUCAUUUUUGAACAAACCGACAGCAAACCUUAUCGGUUCCAAGCUAUCUGUUAACCCUUCUAAAUACUUUUCACCUCCACCGCCAUCUAGAAGUUCUGAUGAAAAUUGGACACAUGCGUCCUCUUACUCCAGAUUUUCUAUUUCACCAGCAAAUAUUGCAAGUUUUUCUCUCACACACCUAACAGACUCGGAUAUUGAACAAGGGGGUAAG